AUGGAGAGUUCAAAUGAGGCGCAAGAUAAGAUCCAGAAGGUUGAGGAUCAAUCAGAUCGCUUACAAUGUGAAUUUUUCUUGGAAAAGAAGAAGCGGCGGUGCGGAAUGACCCGCAGUUCGCAGUUCCAGUACUGUUCAGAACAUUUGUAUUUGGUUAAGAAGAAUGAGAAUUCAUUAUUACCCGGUAAAAAUCGGGUACCAUGUCCUUUGGACCCUUUGCAUACGGUUUUAGAAGAGCGGCUUCGCUUACAUCUGAAGAAAUGCAAUAAAGCAACAAAAAAUAUUGCCAAGUUAGCGGAGACGCUAAGCAUGCCAUGGUACGCGGAAAAUAUCAAUUGCCUGCCAGAGGGACAGUUUUUAGAGGCAGAAAUACCAAAUGAUUUGACGCAAAAUGUGCUAGUUGCGAUCCCAGUCUUGGAAGCCAUAUUUCAAGGAGAGUUUGGAGAUGAAUUGCCAGUUGAUAUCCGCUCUAAUGAACAAGUUGAGCUACAAAGGUUUCCUCAAUUGCUAGGAAAUAAGAAACAUGCUAUCCAGCACUCGUCACUUAUCCAGCAUCUAAAGAGCAACGGGCUGUGGUGCUCGCGUGAGCGCAAGAUCGUGUACAUAGAAUUUGGCUGCGGCAGAGCUGAACUCUCGCGGUAUGUAAACCAGUCGGUUGUACUUUCGCAGCUUACUCUGGACGCCUCUAACCCUGAUGAAUCUCACCCUGAAGAACCUGUUACGAUUCCCGAAUUUAUUCUUAUAGACAGAGGCACCAAUCGCAUGAAAUUUGAUAAAAAGUUCAAUGAGGACAUAUCCGACUUCUACGCAUCGUAUCGGCCCGCUGUCGAAAGUGUGAACGACAAGAGUACCAAGAUAACAAGAAAAAAAAUAGACAUCAAGGAUUUGCGCCUUGAUGCAUUAGCAUCGAGCGAUUGUGCCCACGUUGCCAUUUCGAAGCACUUAUGUGGCGUUGCUACAGACCUCACUAUUAGAUGUCUUCUAAAGAGUGAGAACAUGGUUACGUCACUAGAAGGUAUGUUGAUUGCCAUGUGUUGCAGACACGUAUGCGAUCAUGCCCAAUACACCAACCCAGGCUACAUACAGUCUUUGUUGAUAAAAUAUAACGCAGAAUUGACAUACCCUGUCUUCUUUGCUUCCCUGAAGAAGAUAGCGACAUGGGCUGUAUGUGGGAGGAGGCCGGGGUUUAGCGAUUCUGACAUUGGAAACCAUUAUACAGGACUCUCUAUCCUAAGACGGGAACAACUGGGCGAACAAGCUCGUAGAUUGAUUGACGAGGGCAGACGCAAGUAUUUGCAGGACAAAGGCUACAAUGUUGAGCUAUUCAGAUACUGUUCCUCUGAGGUCACACUGGAGAACAUCGCGAUGCUUGUUACGAAAAAACAAUCAGCAUAA